AUGAUUUCAAAGUUGUAUGCUGAGCUUGACGAAGAGCAGAACGCUGCUUCCACAGCUGCGAACGAGGAAAUGUGUAUGAUACUGAGGUUGCAGAAGGAAAAGGCAGAGAUUGAAAUGGACCUGAGACAGUUUAAGCGCUUUGCUGAGGAGAAGAUGGAGCAUGAUCAUCAGCAUGAGCUUUUAGCUCUGGAAUAUUUGCUUUAUAAGAGGAAACAGUCUAUUCAAGCUCACACUUGUGGAACUCAGGCUUACAAGCAUAGAAUGAUGAGUUAUGGGUUCGCUGAGUUUGAUUUUGAUAGGGAGAAGAACAUUCUUAGUCGUAACACGGGCAUGUUGGACAAUCAUUUUGAGUAUGAACUAGCUCCUAAUAUAUGA